AUGUUCACUUUUUUGGUCAGUUUCCGACUAGUACGUUGCCGCCUUCUUUUUCUUCCUUUCACAUCCUUUCUCUCUCCUUCUUUGCUUCCUCGUUUCCCUGCUUCAAUGGACAACACUGGUUUCCACAAACCUUCAUCCUCAUCCUACUCUGCCUUUUCUCAUUCCAAUCGAAGCGGUGGUAGAGGAAGAGGAAGAGGACUGGACACGAGGGAUAAUACAGAAAGAUCAGGGGGCCGUGGCGGUGGUGUUGGAAGCUCCGGCAAAGAUAAAAUUAAUGUUCUUGGUAGACUAUUGACACGCAUUUUGCGGCACAUGGCCUCUCAGCUAAACUUGAAUAUGAGGAAUGAUGGGUAUGCGAAGGUGCAAGAUCUGUUAAAGUUAAACUUAAAAACAUUUGCAAAUGUCCCAUUGAUGUCACACACAGUUGAUGAUGUCAAAGAGGUCGUACGGAAGGACAACAAGAAAAGAUUCGGCCUUUUGGAAGAAAAUGGAGAGCUUUUGAUACGUGCCAACCAAGGCCAUACAGUAAAGAUAGUUGAAACUGAAAGCUUAUUGAAACCGAUCCUUUCAGCUGAUGAUGUUCCAGUUUGUGUACAUGGCACUUAUAAGAAGAAUUUGGAAUCAAUUUUGGAGCAUGGGCUCAAACGCAUAAAAAGGUUACAUGUUCAUUUCUCAUGUGGCUUGCCAACAGACGGCGAAGUAAUUAAUGAAAUGAGGCGAGAUGUUAAUGUCCUCAUCUUUCUUAAUGUGAGAAAAACUUUGGAAGGUAAUUUGUUUUGA